AUGUCGGGUCUGCUCUUAAGACGCAGCCUCCUGCUGCUUGCAAAUGGCAGCAGCGUCAGCAGCAGCAGUGGCAGCAGCUGCUGCUGCGGUGCCUCUUUGCGCUUGCUGAAGAGUGCUGUCCCUCAGCAGCAGCAGCAGCAGCAGCAAGGGCGGCCAUGGCAGCAGCAGCGGCAGCAAGUGACCCUCCCCAGCACCCCCUGCAGCAGCAAGCCCCGCGUUUCGCCGCGCAGCAGCCGCAGCAGCAGCAGCAGCAGCAAGGGCUUCUGCGAUCGCCGCUUGCUGCGCGCAAUUGGAGGCCGCGGGGGCUCCGGCUGCAUGCAUUUCAUUAAACAUAUUCAGCAGCACUUAAUGGGCCCCGGGGAGCCUUCGGGCGGCUGCGGGGGGGAGGGGGGCCCCGUGCUGCUGCGGCUGCGGGGGCCCCCCCGGGGGCCCCCCACGGGGCCCCGCGGGGGGCCCCCCGGGGGACCCCCCACUGCAGCAGCAGUAGAGGACCUCAGCAGCCUCAGGGGCCUCGUAGUGGGGGGCCCCGGGGGCCGGGGGGGCCCCCGCUACAGCAGGGGGGCCCCCGGGAGAGCAGCAACAGUUUGGCUGCCGAGCAGCUGCGUAGUCUGGAGAGUUGAAGAAGGGUACGGGGGGCCCCCAGAGAGGGGCCCUCCGGGGGUCCCCGAGGGGCCCCCUGAGCGGCCCCCUCAGGGGCCCCCUGAGGGGGCCCCUGAGGGGGCCCCUGAGGGGGGCCCUGCGGGGGCCCCUGAGGGGGGCCCUGCGGGGGCCCCUGAGGGGGGCCCCCCUGAAGGCGAGGUUUGUGUGGGGGGAGGUGAUGAGGUGCCAAAGGCGAAGCUGAGGCUGAGGUUUCUGGGGCUGCUGGACCCCGCUAUGGCUGCUGCUGCUGCUGCUGCCCGCAGCGGCAGCAGCAGCAGCAGCAGCAGCCUUGAGAGCGUGGCUGCUGCUGUGCUGCAGCUGCUGCAGCCCCACCUGUUUGCCCAGGAAAUGGUAGCAGCUGCUGGGGGCCGAGGGGGGCGGGGCAACAGCCGCAGGUGUCCGUACACUGCAGAGGGGGGCGAAGAGGGGCAGCAGCAGCUGCUGCUGCUGCAGCUGCAGCUGCUGGCAGAUGCUGCACUUGUGGGGCUCCCCAGCGCAGGGAAGUCUUUGCUGCUGUCGGCGCUUUCCCGCUGCAGCGCUUUUGCUGCUCCCUGGCCCCACAGCACCACCAAGCCCCAAAUAGGCCACAUCAUGCUGCAGCAGCAGCAGCAGCAGCAGCAGCUCGAGGGAAGCAGCAGCAUCUCAGUUGCAGACCUUCCCGGGCUGCUGCCAGGAGCCACCAAUGAAAUGGCUCGCUGCGCAGCAAGACAUGCAGAGGGGGCGAAGCUAAUUUUGUUUGUGGUUGAUGCUGCUGCUGCUGCUGGUGCUGGCAGCAGCAGCAGCAACAACAGCAGCCAAGGGAGCCUGCUGGAGACGGUGCAGCUGCUGCAGCAGCAGCUGCUGCUGCAGUCGCCGCUGCUGGCAGCAAAACCUGCUGCCAUUGUAGCCACCAAGUGCGACCUAAGGCCCCACCGGACUCUGCAAAAAGUUGACGAGCUGUGGCACCAGCAGCAGCAGCAGCAGCUGCAGCAGCAGCCGGAGAUAAAGCAGCAGCUGCAGCGCCACUUCGACAGGCUCGUCGAGCAGCGGCACAAGGAGCUGCUGCAGCUGCAGUGGGACUCCCCACGGCAGCAACAGCAGGAGCAGCAGCGGCUGCAGCAGCAGCAGCAACUCGUGCAGCAGCUGCUGCAGCACUUGCAGCUGCAGCAGACACUCCCUGUCAUCCCCGUCAGUGCCCGGGAGGGUAUGGGGCUGCAGCGCCUCGUGCUGCUGCUGCAGCAGCAGCUGCAGCAGCAGCAGCUGCAGCAGCAGCGCGCUGUCUUGAACUUGCUGCUGCUGCUCGAGUGGUCUCUCUGCACUGCGCCUCCAGAACCAUAA